AUGCUGUGCACUCAGUUGACCGUCGGACUCGCGGCUACUUGUUUGUACGAUUGCGCAGAUAGACGCUACGAGCAGGAAGAUUCGCUUUUGCGGAAAUUGUUCGAUUUCGGAGUGCGAUCGUGAUCGAUAAAUUGCGCGCGCACGUUGAUAACUACCGGAAGUGACCGUUAGAAGAUUUAUGACAAUAAAAUGAAGCUAUCCCUGUUGGUGUUUAUCGGGUGGCAAAUUCUACUCGGUUUAUUGGUCCAAGCACAGUUUGACGGAAGUUUUUGGUGGAUGAAUACCGAUCUGCUGAAAAAAGCGGAACAGAUCCGACAGGAAAAGGAUGUGAAAUCUACGGUGGUGAAUAAUGACACCGAAAUCGAUUCCAUCCGUCUAUCGGGGAACACCUACACGAAUGGAGCGGACGAUUCGCCAGACUGCAUCUGUGUGCCCAGCAAUCUUUGCCGAACCACCAUCACUGGAGAACGAGCAAGGGACAGCCUUUGUGGAUCUGAACAAACCUGCUGCCGGAAGCAUCAGAUAAUCACUCAACACCAUCCCCAUGCUCAAACGGUACCACCUAGACCCAGCAAGCCUAUAACUCCAAUAGCAUUACAUGUUCCAGUACCGCCCAUAAGCCUUCCAGUUCUUUCUGACACCCCAAAUCAAUCGCUCUUGUUGGAGAUAUCUGCACUUCUGCAAGAAUUCAAUUCUCAUGAAAAUCCGUUAGAGCCCGAUGCAGAAUUCAUUUUUGACAUUACAACUUCUGUUCCCGUUCCAACCUCCCCACCACAAUCUACAACUCCAUUUAAACCUAUAGUGUUCGGCGAUGUUCGACCAACUUCAGCAACUACCAAAACCACUUCAACCACGUUUAGAACAAAACCUUCUACCACCAAAUCUACGACUGCCACGCCUACGACUACCCGGAGAACUACACUUGGUACUCUUAGACCACACCUGCCGCCCAAGCCUAAAAAGUGCGGACAACGCCGAUUAGCUAUCGCUAGCCGCAUUCACUUUCAAGACUCGGAAGAAGUCAUCGAGGAACCUCUCGAUGGGACGACUAGUCUUGGGGAGUUUCCUUGGACCGUUUACCUGGAAGAGCGCAUUGGCAAUGGUAGUUUCCUGUACAAAUGUGGCGGUGCGUUGGUCACGUCCAGUGCCGUAGUCACUGCUGGACAUUGUAUCGCUAAUGCACGUGAUCACCCAGAGAGAUUUGCCAUCAUCGCUGGUGAUUGGGAUCGCCGCCAUAACCAAGAAAGAUUGCCAAGCCAGAGGAGAUCAGUUAGUCGCAUUAUUUUGCAUCCCGAAUACUAUUCUGGUUCACUGUUCAACGAUAUUGCAGUUCUGAUCCUGGACAUACCUCUAAAUGAUUCCCUUGCCAAUAUUGGAAAUGUUUGUCUGCCAACGCAAGGAAGUGAGUUCACCGAAAGUAACUGCGUGCUGACCAGUUGGGGAGCCUCUCCAAGCAAUCCAUCGAAAGAGGAACCCAUCCAGCGGUUUAUCACGAUGCCAUUGGUUGAGAGUUCCACUUGUGAGGGACGUUUGCGGACAAACUCUACGUUGGGCAGACGGUUUCGAAUGCACAGAAGCUUUAUUUGUGCCGGAGGAAAAGUUGGACUGGAUUCCUGUAAAGGUUCAGGUGGCAGCCCCCUGGUGUGUCAACGGAAUGGUUCCUACGUGCUGGCGGGGAUUUUGUCCUGGGGUGUGAGCUGUGGAGAAGGUAUUCCAGUGGUGUUCACGAACGUUGCUGUGCAAUCCAGUUGGGUGACGAGGGUGAUUGAUAGUUUGGAUGAUAAUGUGGUUCACUUUGUGUAGGAAUGGUUGUGAACCAAUUGGGCUUCUAUAAGAUGGAAGAUUUAUUGGUAGACUUGUUCUUUAAGUAUUUAUUUAUUGGGGGGUACUGAAAUAGUAAUACAUUUUGAAUAUCCUACUGUAAUGAGACGAUGUUGUGGAAUAAAUAAAAGGAAUUUAUACUUUUUAAA